AUGGCUCCCUCCGAAUCCACCCCGCUCCUCACCACCGUUGCUCUCGCCCCCCAGCACCACCGCUACCCGCACCACCGCCUCCGCCGCUUCUGCACCUUCACCCUCAGCCUCCUGCUCACCUUCUCGGCCCUCCUCUUCCUGACCCCGUACUCCCUCCUCCCCCGCUCCCACGGCGGCUCCAUCUGGUCGUAUCUCCCCUUCGCGAACCCCUUCCCCCACGCCUCCUGGCCCCACGGCCACGGCCUCCGCUACUCGGAACUCCAAGCCCUCCUGCACGAGACCCCCUCCGCCGAAAAGGCCCGCGAAUGGAGCAGCUACUACACCGCGGGCCCGCAUCUCGCCGGCAAGAACCUCUCCCAGGCCGUCUGGACCCAGGAGCGGUGGCAGGAAUUCGGCAUCGAGGACACCAGCAUCGUUGCGUAUGACAUCUUCCUGAACUACCCGGUGGACCACCGACUGGCUCUGCUCGACAAGAACGAGGUCGUCUACGAGGCCUCUCUCGAGGAGGAUGUCCUCGAGGAAGACAGCACCAGUAACCUUACUGACCGCGUGCCCACCUUCCAUGGCUAUUCGGCUAGUGGCAAUGUGACGGCUGCGUUUGUGUUUGCCAAUUUCGGUACCGUCGCCGAUUUUCAGGAUCUCGUGGAUGCCAAUGUUAGUCUGGCGGGGAAGAUUGCUAUCAUUAAGUAUGGCAGGAUCUUUAGGGGUUUGAAGGUUAAGAGGGCGCAGGAGUUGGGCAUGGUUGGCGUCGUGCUUUAUGAUGAUCCGGAGUCGGAUGGUGAGAUCACGGAGGAGAAUGGGUAUGAGGCCUACCCCAAUGGGCCGGCCAGGAAUCCGAGUGCCGUCCAGAGGGGGAGUACCCAGUUUCUGAGCAUCGCUCCCGGUGACCCGACCACCCCUGGUUACCCGUCUAAGCCGGGCUGUGACCGUCAGGACCCCUUCCACUCCAUCCCGUCGAUCCCGUCGCUUCCGAUCUCGUACCAGGAAGUCGUGCCGCUGCUGAAGGCGCUCAAUGGACACGGCCCCAAGGCGUCGGACUUCAACGAGUUCUGGCACGGCGGCAAGCUGGGCAGCAAGGGCGUGGAGUACUACAUCGGCCCCACCCCGGACCACAUCACCAUCAACCUGUACAACGAGCAGGAGUACGUGACAACUCCUCUGUGGAACGUCAUCGGCGUCCUGAAGGGCGCCAUCCCCGACGAGGUUGUCAUCAUGGGCAACCACCGCGAUGCGUGGAUCGCGGGCGGCGCGGGCGACCCGAACAGUGGGUCGGCGGCGCUCAACGAAGUCAUCCGCAGCUUCGGCGAGGCCCUCAAGGCGGGCUGGAAGCCGCUCCGCACGAUCGUCUUCGCCAGCUGGGACGGCGAGGAGUACGGGCUGCUGGGCUCCACCGAGUGGGUGGAGGAGCACCUGCCCUGGCUCUCCAAGGCCAACAUCGCGUAUCUGAACGUGGACGUCGCCGCGUCGGGCACGAACCUGCACCCCACCGCCAGCCCGCUGCUCAACAAGCUGAUCUACGAGGUCACCGGAUUGGUGCAGUCCCCCAACCAGACCGUCCCCGGGCAGACCGUGCGCGACGUCUGGGACGGGCACAUCGGCACGAUGGGCAGCGGCAGCGACUUCACGGCGUUCCAGGACUUCGCGGGCGUGGCCAGCUACGACCUGGGAUUCAGCCGCGGGCCCAAGGACCCGGUCUACCACUACCACUCGAACUACGACAGCUUCGACUGGAUGGACCGGUUCGGCGACCCGGGGUGGAAAUACCACGAGGCGUGCACGAAGAUCUGGGCCCUGGCCGCAGCCAAGCUGGUCGAGACCCCCGUGCUGGCCUUCAACGCCACCGACUACGCUCUCGGGCUGGAGGGGUACCUGGACAAGAUCAAGCCGGCGGCGAAGCAGCUGCCCUCCGGACAGACGUUCGACUUCGGGCCUCUGGACCGCGCGAUCGGCGAGUUCCAGCUGGUGGCCUCGCGGUUUGAUGCGUUCGCGGCGAGCUUGACCAACCAGCUGGGCGAGGAUGUGCCCUGGUACCACUGGUGGCGCAAGGUCAGGCUGUACUUCCAGAUCCGCGGCGUCAACGAUAAGUACAAGGGCAUUGAGCGGCAGUUCCUGUACCAGCCUGGUCUGGACGGACGGAACUGGUUCAAGCACGUGGUGUUUGCGCCGGGGAUCUGGACGGGAUAUGCGGGAGCGACGUAUCCCGGGUUGGUGGAGAGUUUGGAGGCGGGCGAUUUGGCGAACUCGCAGAAAUGGCGCUCGAUCAUCCUGGAGCGCAUUGAAGCUGCUACGAAGCUGCUUGAGUAG